AUGCCCAUCCCUAUCAUUGCACAUGGCAUCCAGGAGGGGAUUGAUACCAUCCCAUAUGCCUGGUCUGUCAUCAAGACAGCGCCAUGGAUCCUCCUACUUGCUGCGCUCAAGUAUUAUUUUGGUGGCGCCCGCAACACCUCCGAGAGAUUGAUGCACUCCAAGGUGGUGAUGGUGACGGGUGGUACAUCGGGGAUAGGAGCCUCGGUGGUCCGCGAACUAGCCGCUCGUGGUGCCCAAGUCAUCCUGCUGACGACACAACCUCCAUCCGACUUCUUUCUCGUCGAAUACAUUGAAGACCUGCGCCGGAUGACCGGGAGUCAAUUGAUUUACGCCGAACAAGUCGAUCUUUCCUCGCUCCAUUCCAUUCGAACCUUUGCCACAAAAUGGAUCGACAAUAACCCUCCUCGCCGUCUCGACGCCGUCGUCCUCUGCGGUGGCGUCGCUGUGCCCUCGGGUGCGCGCCAGAACACCAUUGAUGGAAUCGACGAGGAAUGGCAGGUGAACUAUCUCGCCAAUUUCCACCUGCUGAGCAUUCUCAGCCCAGCGCUCCGUGUCCAACCCGCGCACCGCGACGUACGAGUGGUAUUUGCAACCUGCUCAAGCUACAUCGGCGCAAAAUUCAACCUGGAUAUCGUCAAGAGAGAAAAACUCACCCCGGGCACCACAACCGCCUCCGUGAAAAACAAGUCCAAAUUCAAUCCCAACACUCCACCCCCCGCUUCGACCAAGGAUAUCUACGCCCUGAGCAAAUUCACCCUCAUGACUUUCGCCCACUCCUUCCAACGUCACCUGAACGCGUAUAAACGGCCAGACGGUCUUCCGCCUUGCACCCGAGUUCUCGUCGUUGAUCCGGGCUUGUCACGCACCCCCGGCACUCGUCGCUGGCUGACCGGUGGCUCCCUAUUGGGUCUUCUUCUCUAUCUGCUCACCUGGCCACUGUGGUGGUUAAUCCUCAAGUCGCCCGACCAGGGUGCACAGAGUAUUCUGUAUGCUCUGAUGGAGGAAACAUACGGUCGUGGAGGGGGGGGCUGGAUGAUCAAAGAAUGUCGGGAAGUGGACUGUGCCCGGCGUGAUGUCCGCGACGAGGACCUGGGUAAGCGCGUGUGGGAAUUCAGUGAGAAACAGAUCGAAGAGGCUGAAAAGGAGGGUGCGGUGAGACGCGCAUUGGAGAAAAAGGAGAAAGAAGCAGCCGAGGAGAAAACGGCUCGGAAGGAGACAGCUUCAAAUAAAGAGAAAAGUGCUGGAUCAAGGAGGAGUCGAAAGGCCAAAUAG